AUGUCUUCUAGUGAAGAUGAAUGUAGGCUUCAAGGACCAAGAAAAAAGCAGUACACUCCAAAGUACAGAAAACAAUGGGAAAGCUUAGCAGAUUUCCAAAAAUGGUUGACUGGCAGUAAGAAAGGUGACAUUUACUUUCACUGUAAUAUAUGCUAUGAUGAUUACUUAGGAGGUCUCACCGCAGUUCGUAAACACGGGUCGUGUGAAAAACAUAAAAAAAAUGCAUUGUCUGUAGUAAAUAUGUGUAAUCCAAUGUCAAAAUUGAAAUCUUUAAAAAGUCUAGAAGAUAAAACAAAAGAUUCGGAACUUCGUUUAUCAAUGUUUAUUGUAGAACACAAUAUUUCACUUAGGACUUCAGAUCAUCUUGUACAGUUAAUUAAAAGUAUACCACCAGAAGUGAAGAACAAUUUGACUUGCAAUAGAACUAAGGCAACUGCAUUAAUAAACAAUGUGAUCGGUAAAUUUUCAUUUGAAAAUCUGGUUUCCAGAAUGCAAAAUAGUUAUUUCUCCAUACUUAUUGAUGAGUCGACCGACCGAUCUUCAAUUAAACAUUUAGCCAUUGUAGUGAGAAUUAUGGAUAAAAAUCAAUUUUUGGUGAGAGACGAAUUUGCCUGUUUAGAAUCAAUAAGCCAUGCAACUGCAAAAAAUAUUUUUGAUGUUAUUAUUAAGUUUUUUAAUACAAACGAAAUACCAUAUAAAGACAACCUAAUCGGUUUUGCGUCAGACGGAGCUAAUGCCAUGUUCGGCUGUAGGCAUUCUGUAAAAACGCUGCUAGAAGAAGAAGUACCAGGAAUAUUUUUAAUGAAAUGUGUAUGCCAUUCCAUGGCAUUAUGCGCAUCGUAUGCGUGUUAUCAAACAGUUCAUUUUCUAAAACAGAUAUUAAUACUUUUGUGA